ACUAGGGGCUGAGGGAAGGGGGGGGAGGUCAGGCCGAAUCUUCUUCCGUAAUAAGAAGCUACGCGUCCUGCGGUCCUGGCUCCGUGGGUCGGGUCGGAUCGGGCCCGGGCGCUGGAGCUGCUGUGGCUCCCGCCGCGGCGGGUGCGAUGGAGGCCGUGCCGGAGCCCAGCACUCACGCCGGGGAGGCCCAGACAGCGAACGGUGCUAGUAGAUGAGGCGGCGGCGGCGGCAGCACGGGCUCUCCAUGAGCAAGCGGCGGCGGCGACGGGUGCGGCGGCACCGGCGGUUUUCGGUCCCCGGGGAGGAUGAAGACACUGUUUGAAGAGAUCAAAGCAUCAAUUAAAAAUAACUAUAACCAAGAUCGCUCAUUUUGGAGGCCUGUUCUUCCUUGGGGAGGUGUUUUUACUAUCAAAGCUGGCCGCAAAGCAGUAUCCUGUACACCACUCUAUGUUGAAAUAAGACUGAAAAAUACCUGCACCAUAGAUGGAUUCUUGAUGUUAUUAUAUGUCAUUCUUAAUGAAAAUGAAAAUUUCCCCAGGGAACUCUCUCUUCAUUUAGGUAGAGAGUUUGUAGACUGUUUCCUUUAUUUAAUGGACACCUACAGUUUCACAACUGUGAAGCUACUUUGGAUUUGGGACAAGAUGGAAAAACAGCAGUACAAAUCUGAAGUUCAUAAAGCUUCAUUGGUAAUUGAUUUAUUUGGGAAUGAGCAUGAUAAUUUUACAAAAAAUCUCGAAAAUCUCAUGUCUACCAUACAAGAGAGUUACUGUUCCAACUGGCGAUGCCCAACUCGAGUGCAGGAAGAUCAGCAACGUACAAUUAAUAUAAAUCCUCCCCAAGAAAUUCCUCAUGGAAACUUGAUACGACUGGCUGUGGAUGAGUUAUUCUGUUCCAGGAUUGAACUGUGUGAAGAGAGUGGGUACAGUAAAACCUUGGUUAACCGGAACCCAGCUAAUCGGACUCUCAAUUUACUGGAUUUUUUUCUGCAUUCCUCAUUUAGGAGAAAGAGGUGUGGUGGCUUAAGAGAAUUUUCCCAGCGAGUUUUCUGCCAUGGGGCACCCCCUUUUGUUGUCUUAAAUAUGCAGCAUUGGAAAUCUGAAGAUCUGGCAUAUGUACCAUAUUACUUGGAUUUAUCUGAUCACAAGUAUUUGUUGGAAGGUGCCACAUUAUUUAACAAAGAGGAACAUCAUUAUUCUGCAGCUUUCCAGAUUGAUGGACACUGGAUGCACUACGAUGGCCUCAGAAAUGUGAAUUUAAUUUUGUUAAAUAAACCCCCAGAGUUUCUCCUCCUGUCAUCAUUGGUUUAUAUUCGAGCAACAGAGAAAUAAAUAUAGACUGAUGCUAAAUUAAAUUGUUUUCCCUCCUGCCCAUGCUCCCCCAGAUGAAGGGCUUUUAUUUUGUAUAUACUUGGUAUCCAAGGAAAUAGUUGAACUAUACUAGUUUCAGAGGUGUAUUUUCCAGUGUUUAGCCCCAGGUAAAUAUUAUAUAUAGAGAAUCUAUGCAAAAAUGUUUGUAUUUCUUUUUUCUAUGUCCUGGGUUAUUUUUAUAUAAACAUACUUUAUGUUGAGAUAAGAUAUAUCUUGUAGCCUUUGUAUUUUUUAUUUAUAUGUACUCAAAAGAUUUUUACAGUUCUGUCCUUGAAACCAAGAAAAUACUUCAUUAUUUGAAUUUGCAGUUUUUCUUUUUGGAUAUUCAAAUAAAACCCGGUACAAGUCAGUAUUUCAGUUUAUAUAAAUUUAACAGUUCAAAAUAUAUGACUAUAUUUUUUCCCUACCUCACUAAAAUCCAAAGUGCACUGUUGGAUCUAGUAUGGAUUUGAAUGUAGAACUUACAGGUGGCUUAAUCUUUUUUACUUGGUGAUUUGCCUAAUUUCCCUGCAGCAGUUUUUAAAAAUACUUUGGUGAUUUUAUAAUGGCAAAUUACUUUAACCACUUGCUCUAAACUAUUAUAAACCUGCCAGCAGAUUUUAAGUGUUAACUAAAUUUGCAAGCUUAAUUAAAGUUAUUGUUACAAAUAAAUUAUAUAACUAAUCUAACAUAAUUAAAUGUAAUGGAAAUUCUCUAAUAAAAAUCUAUUCUAAAGAUAAGACAACUAUAAAUAAAUAUCAGGCAACUGGAUGCUUACUAAUGCUGGAUUAACAAUAGAAAUGUACUUUAAAUACAUAUUUAAGAGAAAACGGUACCUGGAAUAUUUUUUUUCCUCUUAAAUCAUAUUGGCAGAGAGAAAAAAAAUUCGUAAAUUUUUGGAGUAACAAACUGCUGGCUUCUUUGUAAGUAGUUAAACUGAUAGCAUGAGGGUUUGAUUUGCAAUAUAAAUCACUAGAAUUUUGUAGUUAUCAGAAAUUAUAUUUGUUUUCAAAACCCUAAGAUCUCUCUUCCUUUUGCAAUUUUAAGGAAAAAAUUAAGUAAUCUCCUCAAGGGAGAAUACUUUUUGCAGUUUAUCAACAUUCACUUUAGUGUUUAAUUUCAAUAAACAGUCCAUCUUAGGUUUUGGGUUGGGACUGCGUGCAGUAUACUUGGAGAUUUCUACCUGACAACACAGUUCACUGCCAUAUACCAAAUUGGUAAGAUUUAAUUCAGUAAAUUAAGUCUUACAUUGGCUUGGUGCCAUGCUGAAAUAACUUACAAAAAGAAUGAAUAAAUGUGUGAGUAUAACAUUGCUGAGAAUGUCUCACUUUGAGCGAAUACUGUGAAAAUUUUGUCUUGCAUUAGAUAAAAAAUAGUGAUUUAUUUUACAAAAAAUUCUACUCCAGAGUUUAUUUAAAUAGUCCCCUACAUGUAUUUACAUAGGAUUUGAUUUAUAGUGAAUUUUUCUGGGGACACCUUCUUGCAUGAAUCAAAGUAUACAACUCACAAAUAUCAGCAUAUAUCUAAGUGGUUCAUUAGCAUAAUUAUUCCUAAUGCAGAUUAUUCUUUUAAGAAUUGCACUUUAUCUGGAAUAAUACUAGUUUAUCACAAAACAAUGACUUACCUACCUCACAGGGUUGUUGUGAGGAUAAAGAUGUUUGUUAAAAUCUUGACUACCUUGAACAUGCUAAUAAAAAAUGUAUUUUUUCUACCUCGUUCAUGUA